GUUCAAAAUUCGAAUCCGCGAGUGAUAGACGCGCGCACCCGCGUUCCAGUUACAAAAAGUUCUUUAAGAAAUAAAAAUAAGUUGCGUUUUAAGUUUUUAAAAGUAAUGUGAGACUGUGACCGUGAAAAAUGUCUGCCUUAUUGAAAAAUGUUACCAAUUGCAUUUGGCAUGCUUUUGAUGCGUUGCAAAACAAUGCUGUAGUGCACAAAUCUAAAUUAAAGGUACUGACAGCAAACAUCGGAACCCUACUGGACCUGUACGGCGUAGAGAAAGGUCUGGACCACUACCGCUCCUCUCAAGAGCUGACCUUCGACGAGUUCCGGUACUACCUGCAGCACGAGGUGUUCAGCUCGCUGCCCAAGACCGUCACCUUGCCCGUCAUCAGGGAGUACGAGACCAAGAUCAGCGAGGUGUGCUGGCUGGUCUGCCGUAAGAACCUGUUGUCUCGAGACAAGCCGACCUUCAACGACAAUUCCGUCUUCAAGCUGUUCAGGAUCUUCUGCCUCCUCGCAGACCUGGUGCAGGACGCUGAUGACUCAGCUCAUUAUGUGGUAGUCCUCCAACCCUCAGAAGCGGGUCUAGUAGCAGAACAACUCGUCCACUGUCUAGGUCUUCGCUGGGACGCGGCUGACUGGGAAGCCCUGGGGUCUUCCAUCGGACACUUCAAGUGGGCUUCCUUCCUGGCUGUGUUAGAAGCCAAGUACUGCGGCGAUCAGCAAUUGCACGCCGAAGCUUUGGUGGAAGCCGUCGAUGAGAUCUAUGAUGUAUUCAUUGAGGAUAUUAUUAAGAAGGGUUACCUGCUCAAGCGAGGCUACCUUCUCCCAACGAUGCGGGAGUACUGGUGCGUGCUCCAACCGUGCGCUCUGACCUAUUACAAGAGUUCGUCGCAGAAGGAUCAGUGUGGCAGAAUCGCAAUCGGAGAAUACUGCUCAGUGGAAGCUGCUGCAGGCGAGGGGAAGAUACAAAGGUUCCAGCUAAUCACGCCUGAAAGGACCUUUGAAUUUGGCACGCAGGAUCAUAAGAGCCGUCUCCAAUGGGUGUCAGCUCUGCGACAGGCGGCAGCAGUGUCAGGAGGGGCUGAAGGCUACCAGCGACGGGCACGAGCGGUGCGGCGAGGGGCGGGGGCGCGGCGGGAGCGGGAGGUACGGGAGACGAGGGCCCGCCUGCAGCAUGAGGUGCGGGCGAGGCUCGCUGCUGAAGCACAGGCACAGGAGCUAGCAGAAAUAGCACAGCAGGACAACAAGAAACUCGAAGAGCUAAAGAGUGCUCAAGUUGAACUAGAGAAACUGCUCCAAGAAGAAACGCAAGCUAAGCGGGACGAAGAAAUCGUACGAGCUUUACAAGCCAGGGUUUUAGCUGAAGAAUGGGAAAAACGGGAAGAAUUAGAAAGACUGCAAGCAGAACAGAACAAAAUGCUCGAAGAAGAAAGAUUGAAACGUAAGGAGUUUGAAAGAAUUCAAGCUGCUAAAGAGGCGCAGUUUAAAGAGGCUGAAAAGCGUCUAAAGGAACUAGAGCUUGAGAAGCAGAAGUUGGAUGCGGAACUGAAAGCAGCACAACGGAAGAUCGCCAAGACUGAAACAACUGCGCAGGCGCUGCAUGUGCAAUUCCGGGACUUGAAUCCAGUACUAAGGAACGGCGAGCGAGCUAGACGAGCAAUCUCAUUCGUACCAACCACCAAAAGUUCUUCGGAUACCCUCAUCGACGUCAGAGCCAUCCGACAUCUCAAGGUGCUGGAAGAUGAAAAAGUAUGAAAAAGAUAUACAAUGACAAGUAAUCAAAAUACAAGAUCGAGACGAAAACACUGCCAGCAAGAGAUAUGAGAUUCUGAAAGUCAUAAAUGUCAUAGAAGAUUGAAUAUUAAUAAAUGUUAUAUAAAGUUUAUGAUUGAUCGAAGUAUUAUAAAACUUUUCGGCUGCUAUUAAAGAUACGCUUCUCAAAAAUAACAAAUUUAUUGAUAUUAUAAUAUAAUAGAACAAUGCUAAAAUUGAAUAAUAAAAUAUAUG